GCUCGACCGGUCAUGGAGACGGAAGACAUGAUUGUCGAGUCAACCGAAGAUGAGAGCGACGGAAACACAGUUUUUCUGCGUGCUGCAAGGGAUGGAAACCUUCAGGAUGUUCUGGAAUACCUGAAGGGCAGUACUGACAUCAACACCAGUAACCCGAAUGGGUUAAAUGCACUUCAUCUUGCGUCCAAGGAGGGACAUAUUAACAUCGUAACAGAACUCCUGAAACGUGGUGCUAAUGUCGAAGCCGCCACCAAGAAAGGAAAUACAGCUCUCCACAUUUCAUCCUUGGCGGGCCAUGAGGAAAUCGUCACGCUUCUCGUUGAAAAUGGGGCCAAAGUUAACGUUCAAGCUCAGAUGGGUUUCACUCCCCUGUAUAUGGCAGCCCAAGAGGGUCACUCAGAGGUGGUCAAGUUUCUGCUGGCCAGUGGAGCUAACCAGAGUCUUGCCACAGCUGAUGGAUUCACUCCCUUGGCUGUAGCUCUUCAGCAAGGACAUGAACGUGUGGUAAGCUGUCUGCUAGAACAUGACACAAAAGGACGUGUCCGUCUACCAGCAUUGCACAUCGCUGCAAAGAAGGAUGACAUCAAAUCAGCAGCCCUUCUCCUGCAGAACGAACAGAACAACGUAGACUCCCAAACUAAGAGCGGCAGUUUGGUUAACGACACCACUAAGAGCGGAUUCACACCCCUGCAUAUUGCUUCUCACUACGGCAACAUCAAUGUGGGCUCACUUCUCAUCUCAAAGGGAGCAGACGUCAACUACAAAGCUAAAAAUAACAUCACCCCACUCCAUGUGUCAUCGCGAUGGGGUAAGGACAAGAUGGUUAUCUUACUGCUGGAUAAUAAAGCUUCCAUUGACGAAAGGACCAGGGAUGGUCUGACUCCACUCCAUUGUGCAGCUAGAAGCGGUCAUGAGAAUGUGGUGGACCUUCUCCUAGAGAGGGGAGCACCAUUCUCAAGUAAAACUAAGAACGGACUGACACCUCUGCACAUGGCUGCCCAGGGUGACCAUAUGGACUGUGCCCGUCUUCUUCUGUACCACAGGGCACCUGUUGAUGAUGUCACAGUGGACUAUCUGACUCCACUUCAUGUGGCAGCUCACUGUGGAAAUGUGAAGACCGCCAAACUUCUUCUGGACAGGAAGUGCGACCCCAACACAAGGGCUCUGAAUGGAUUUACACCUCUACACAUCGCAUGUAAGAAGAACAGAAUCAAGGUUGUUGAGCUCCUUCUCAAAUUUGGCGCCAACAUUGAGGCCACCACAGAGUCUGGCCUUACUCCACUUCAUGUGGCGUCAUUCAUGGGUCACAUGAAUAUUGUGAUCUACCUGAUCCAGAACAACGCCAACCCAGACUUCACCACAGUGCGUGGGGAGACCGCCCUCCAUCUGGCCGCUCGUGCUAAUCAGACCGACAUCAUCAGGAUCCUCCUCCGCAAUGGGGCCAGUGUAGACGCACGUGCUAGGAGUGUUUGUGUAUUUCAGGAACAACAAACUCCUCUACAUAUUGCGGCAAGACUCGGAAACGUGGACAAUGUGACACUACUCCUUCAACAUGGAGCCUCACCUGAUGCCGUCACCAAGGACUUAUACACGCCCCUCCACAUCGCCUCCAAAGAGGGACAUGAAGAGGUGGCAUCCGUUCUUCUUGACCAGGGAGCUACGCACAGCCUCACCACAAAGAAAGGAUUCACGCCUCUUCACAUUGCCUCUAAGUAUGGGAACAUCAAGGUGGCACGACUGUUGCUGCAGAAGGAUGCAAAUCCUGAUGUCCAGGGCAAGAAUGGCCUGACACCCUUACAUGUGGCCACUCACUACAACCAUGUCAGUGUGGCACUCUUGCUGCUGGACAAUAAGGCAUCACCACACAGCAGUGCCAAGAAUGGAUAUACACCACUGCACAUUGCUGCUAAGAAGAAUCAGAUGGACAUUGCCACAACUCUGUUAGAAUUCAGUGCCAACCCUGACGCAGAGUCUAAGAAUGGAUUCACUCCUCUCCACCUGGCGUCCCAGGAAGGUCACACCGACAUGGUCUCCUUACUGCUUGAACAUAAGGCUAAUGUCAACUCCAAAGCACAUAACGGCUUGACUCCUAUGCACUUGGCUGCACAAGAAGAUAAGGUCAACAUUGCUGAAGUGCUGGUCAAGUAUGGGUCAAACACUGACCCCCAGACAAAGGCUGGUUACACUCCACUACACACAGCCUGCCAUUUUGGACAAAGCAACAUGGUUCGCUUCCUUUUGGAGCAGGGCGCAUCAGUAAGCGCAACCACUAAGCUCGGAUACACUCCACUUCACCAAGCAGCUCAGCAGGGACAUGUACAAGUUGUAAACCUCCUUCUGAAAAACAAAGCCUCACCAAACGCUGUCACGAACAAUCAUCAAACUGCUUUGUCCAUUGCUCAACGCCUAGGGUACCUUUCUGUAGUUGACACUUUGAGCACUGUCACCGAGGUUACAGAAACUGUGCCAUCAUCAGAGGACAAAUACAAGGUUGUUUCUCCUGAAACCAUGCAGGAUACAUUGUUAUCUGACUCAGAAGAUGAAGGAGGAGAUGACUUUUUGCCACAAUCACCCUUGUUUGGAAAGCCUCUCUCUGAAACUCACGUCUAUCUCCCAUACUAUGAAGGAAGCAAAAUACGUUCUCGUGAAGACAGCAUUUCCCUGGAGCGAGGCGAGAGCACUUCUCCGCUGGACACUUCAUAUGAAAAGGACAUUCUGCGCCACCCUGUGAGUGAGGACCAGCGACGUCGUAUCACGAGCGAGAUAAGCUCAGCCAUGAGGUACCCAUCCUAUUUAGAGCGAGGCCCCGAUUAUGAGGCUGAGAUGAGGUACUAUAGCGGGGACACGCUAUCACCGCACGGACGGGAUGUUUCUGGGAGAGGCGACAGUGUUUUUGGGGGAGAGUACUCCACACUCGACCGUUUGUCUGUGGGCAAGUCCCAUGAUUCAUCUUUUGUGUCCCAAGCUGACGGAAAGUCACGCAUCACUGAAGAAAGUAGCGAACUUGAAUAUGGUGACGAUUUCGAUGAUGCAAUAAAAAAGAGCACAAGCACGGUUCAAUAUGCCGAGGAUUUUUAUCUACGGAAAUCUGUACGUUAUGGUAAAGAUCAGGCCCGUAACCGCCGUGUGUACCCAGGGUCAGCAUAUCGCUCUCAUCCUGAUAGAGCGGCUGGGUACGGAGAAUCUGUCAGUAUCAGUAGCAUUGAUCUGAACGAGGAAUUUAAAUACUUGCCCGACGACUCGGUUGCUAGGGAAGAAUCUGAACCACAUACACCCUUAGAGGAUUAUAUGGAAGCCCAGAUGAUGUCCCAGUCAUACUCCCAGUACUCGUCAGCCCCUCCAGACAACCGUCUGCUUACUGGCACCUCCAAAAUGGAGAGUUCCCGCUUUAGCUCCUACAGUGGAUCAUCCUUCAAUGCCAGCUAUGACCCGGACAAUGUCGCCAUCGACCGCACUCCAACCUACUCUGGCAAACUGAAAUGGAAAAGUUUCCUCAUCAGCUUUAUGGUGGAUGCCCGUGGGGGUGCCAUGAGGGGGCGUCGACACUCUGGGGUCCGGAUCAUCAUCCCCCCUAGAAAAGCAUCCAUGCCCACCCGUGUCACCUGUCGCCUGAUCAAGAAGGACAAACUGAUGCACCCACUUCCCCUAAAUGAAGGUGAAGCCCUGGCCGCCAGGAUCUUGGAGAUGGGACCUGUAGCUACAAAGUUCCUAGGGCGCAUUGUCAUCGAGAUCCCACACUUUGCUUCACUGAGAGGAAAGGAACGCGAGAUCAAGAUUCUGAGGAGUGACAAUGGAGAGAAAUGGGAAGAGCACCCGAUCCUGGCAACAGAUGAUGCUGUCAACAAGGCUUUGAAUGAGAGUCUGGAAGUUUCAGACCUGGAACAUGAGGAUGACUUGGCAAACAAGCGUAUCACACGUAUUCUGACAGAUGACUUCCCUCGCUACUUUGCACUGGUAACAAGGGUUCGAGAGGAACGACAGAGCGUAGGAGAAGAAGGUGGAGUGAUCAGCUCCACAGUUGUGCCUCAGGUUCAAGCAGUUUUCCCUGAGGGCGCUCUCACUAAGAAAAUUCGUGUCGGAUUACAGGCACAGCCAAUCAGCCCUGACCUUGUUGCCAAGCUGCUUGGCAACCGUGUGGCCGUCAGUCCAAUAGUGACUGUGGAACCAAGGCGACGUAAAUUUCACAAGACCAUCACCUUGACGAUCCCAGUCCCGAAAGCACAACAAAAAGGAAUGAUAAACCCACAUCGUGAUGACCUGCCAAGUCUUCGAGUACUCUACAGUAUCUCUGGCUCGAACAACUCUUUAAACAAAGAGGGGACAGAUGUGGCCAUUUGGGAUGACUUGACAGAGCAGACGCAACUCAAACUUGUCAAUGACUGCGUUUCCUUCACUACUAGAGUUUCAGGAAGAUUUUGGUUGAUGGAUUGUCAGAACUAUUCUGAUGCAACAAGGAUGGCUACUGAGCUUUACCGAGAGGCAGUAGUCGUUCCUUAUAUGGCACGCUUUGUUGUGUUUGCCAAACGCACAGGUGAACAGGAAGGCAAGCUUCGCAUGUUCUGUAUGACGGAUGACAAGAUUGACAAGACUCUUGAAAAACAAGAGCAUUUCGUAGAGGUAGCACGGAGUCGAGACGUAGAGGUGUUAGAAGGCCGACAGCAGUUUGUUGAGAUGGCUGGUAAUCUCAUCCCGAUUACCAAGUCCGGUGACCAACUCUACGUUGAUUUCAAAGCCUUUCGAGAGAAUCGACUCCCCUGUACCGUACGCAUCCGUGACCUGGACCAGGAGCCAGCGGCACGUGUUGCAUUCAUGAAGGAGCCUAAAGUGGCUCGUGGAGAAGUGCCACAGACCCCCAUCUGUAACUUGAAUAUCUCCCUCCCAGACAUGUCCACCUCUAGUUCCAUGGAAAUGGACGGGGAUGCUGCCCUUGAGCUACGCAAACGCUCCUCUCUUCUCAAGGAGUAUGGUAUUGUAAUAGAAGACACUGUAAGCCGGGCUCAGAUCAAACUGACUGAUGUAGCUGACACGCUGAAGGGUGACUGGGUUGUCUUAGCUCAACAACUUGACUUUACGUCAGGGGAGAUAAACCAAAUAAAAAAUGAUUACAACACUGUCAAUGACCAGGCUCUUGCCAUGCUCCAGCUUUGGGCAGCAAAGGAUAAGGAACAAGCUACAGGUAAUGCAUUAGAGAAAGCCUUAACAAGGAUAAACAGAGAAGAUGUUGUCAAAAAAUGCAUGUACAAUGUGGAAACAGUAGAAGAUGAAGUAGAGGCAGCAGCAGCUAGGGUAGCUAUGGACCAAUCAGGUUUUGACACUUUUACAGAAGAAGUCGGUAUUUCUAGAGAUUCCUCCAUGAAACGAGGCAUGUCUUUAGAUGUCCAGUAUGAUGAACAAGACAUCAUCAAGGAAUCAGAAUCAGUAGCAGAAGAAUCUGGUAGUGAUGUUGGUUCGGUGGGAGAGAGGUCGGCACCACAGGCACGCGAGGAAGAUACUGAACAGGGUGAUGAUGACCAAAUUAUUAUGGAGGUUGACUCCCGAAGGGGUGUCGCCAAAGAGGCAGUAAAACACGAAAGCAAGGAGGAAGACUUCUUCGAUUUGAUUUCACAAAUGGAUAAAUAUGCUGAAGCAAAAGACAAACAACAGACGAAAGAACAAGAUACAGAGGAUAGGCAAUCUAUCCAGGAGGAUGAGUUUACACUCAAUCGUCAUGAUCGUGAAGCCGCUGUCUCCGAAUUAUUUUCUAAACUAGAGGAAGUUGGUCAGCAAUCUGCUCCGCAGCAAACGGCUUCUCAAAGCCAAGACAGCGACGAUGCGGAGGGAAUAAAGACUCCACCGCCAAGUCCUGUAGAGAAAGCUUUCCCCACAGAGCAAGUUGCACCAGAUUCAGAAGCAAUCAAGGCCUUAACUGAAAGUUUAUCCUUCGGCGAGCCCAAGAGAGAUGAUGCUUCCCAACCAGAGGAAACUGUGCCUCCUUACGAGGAAGGUUUAAGCCUACAAACGGUCUCUGAGGACUUGCAACAAGAUGUGGCUCCAGAGCAACAGGUCAUGCCUGUGACCCAGGGGUCAGAGUUCACGGCUCCUCCUCCAUUGGAUGAGGAUGUUGUCAACAAUCAGUUUGAAUUCUUAGAGGAAGAAAUAAAUAAAGCUAAUAUUGAAACUGAACAGUGUGUUGUAGGGGAUUUAGGUACUGAAAUUCCUACAAUACCAUCAGACAUUGAAAUGCGUGAACCUCAACAAGCAGACAUUUCUUCUUCAAGUGUUGAUCCAAAACCCAUCGAACCUGACAUGGGCAAAGUUGUAGAUAGUUUGAGGAAAGAUCUGGUUAGGGAAACCUCUCCACCAGAGGUUGCAGGAAAGAGAUCCUCUAGUUUGUCUUCUUCGUCAUUUUCGUCAUCUUCUCAAUCUUUGUCCGAUCAUCAAGCUGAAUUUGAGGAAGAUGUUCCAGUUCCAUCGAAGUCAUCAGAAAACAAGGAAACGCUGGGAGAAGACAGAUUUGAACAGGACAGGGAAAGUCCACCAGGAUACACACAGUGUACAGAUACUACCGCAGAGGACAAGGAAACAGGUGUCGAGGAAUUGACUGCAGCACAAGAUGAUGGAGCACAUCCCCCUGUAUCAGAGUCAAAAGAAGUGAUAGAAUCAUCUGUAGAUCCACCAGUUGAUCGUACUAUGGAGGUGUCGAAUGUUGGUGUUCCAGAAUUUGUCCCUGAAAGUGUCACUGAUGUUUCUGCCAAAGAAACAAUUGAUGAAAAGGAAGAAAAAACGCCAAUUCCAGAAACAAGUAUCGAAGAUGUUGUUGUGGACCCAACUGAUCCAGAAAGAAGUGAUUUUGUUCAAGAUUCUCAACCUGUGCAAGAAACAGUUGUUGACGAUGUUCCAAGGACGGAACUGCCAUCUUAUGAAACACCUGCAGAUGAACAUUAUGAUUCUUUGACCAGCACAUCUUCUGUAGAAAUAGAGAAGCAACCUGAUUCCUCAAAGGAAUCUGACUUGGAUGACAUUUUAGAAAAAAAUAUUGGACAUUUGCAACCUGCUGAAAUAGCCAGUGGUGUCCAAGAGCCAGAUGAUGUCGAUAAAUACCAAAGUGAUGAAGACAAACUUUCAUCAAGUUCUAGUUCAUCAGAUUCAGACAGUUCGGGAGAGCAUGAUUUACAACCUAAUGUAGAACUAGGUCAGCCAUUGGCUGACAUCACAGAACAAGUUGAUUCCCAUGACACUACGUCAGAGAAAGCUGGUGAACUUGUUUCUCCUGGUUCAGGUUUGGACAGUACUUGUGUUGAACAUGAGAAUGUAUCAGAGGGUAAUGAACAUGAACCUGUCCCAUUUGAUGAACCAGCAAAGUUGGAAUCUGAGCCAGCAGAUGAAUCUUAUGAACCAGCGUAUACAGACGAACCUGUCAUUGAACAUGCUGAACCCUUACAAAAAGACACAGAACCUGAUUUUGUUGAACCUGCUGAAGAGUGUCGUAGGCAAAGCAGUUCUUCAAGUCACACCACUUAUUCGAGUGGGGAAGGUUCUUACCUGUCCGACUCUGAGGACGGAAAGGCUAUUGGAGAAGACUACGUUGACAGAGGGGAACAGUAUGAGUUUGUGGAAGAUAGAGCAUCAGUUGAAAGGGUUCUUCCCGAUGAGGGUCCAACUGGAGUACAGAGUGUGGUACAAGAUUCAGAUGUACCAGUUGUGGAAGAUGUAACGACCAAAGAAGAAUCUUCACAUGAGGAAUGUCAGCCUGCUCUGGAGGACUUGGAAUCAGUUGAACAAGACAUGCAAAGUAUUGUUACAGAGAGCGUAACUACCAAGAUAGAAUCAUCUGUGUCUGAAUGUCAGCCUGGUGUGGAGGACAUUGAAGAAGUUGAGGAGAAAACUGAAGCAUUAGCUGUGGAGGAAGUGACGACCAAGGAGGAAUCUACUGUUGAGGAAUGUCAACCUGCUGAUGAGGAUAUAGAGGAGGAAAGAGCAUCCAUGAUGGAAUCCUUUGUGGAAAGAGGUGAACAGUAUGAGAGUGUAGGUGACGAAGCAACUGUGAAGAUGGUGAUUACUAAGGAACAAGAAACAGAGGUGGACGGAAAGCACACAAAACAUGUAGCAUUUGAGGAUUCUGGCGUUUCUGUACAGGGUGAGUCUGGGGUUGUGGAACUAGGGAGCGAGGUUAAACAGUCUCUUCCUCUCGAGACAGGUUGUCCUCCCACAGAGGUAGGGGCAGAGGACAUAAAAGAGAAAGAAGGAAGCCCUCUAGAGUGGCGGUACCCAGGCGACUCUGAGGAAGGCGAUACUGAGGGAGAAGUGUUCGAUUCAAAUAUACCGCCGCAGGAGACAAGAUAUGAAGAAACACUACCUGAUGGCACAGUGAUCAAACACAGAACGGUUCGCAAAUUUACCCGUCAGCCAACGUUAGAAAUUGAGGAUGAAUCGAAGAGCACAGAUGAAGUGACAGAGUCCGAAGGUCCAAUAAGAGAGGAAAUAGAUGUCCAGGAGUCGGAGGAAAUUCUUCCUGAUGGCACAAUUCACUCAUUCCAGAAAGUCAGGCGACAUUCCGUCAAACAUGUCCGCAAGAGUCUAAAAUCUGAGACUGGAGAUGAGGACAUUUUUGAAGGAGAUGUAGCCAUUCCUGGCACAAACAGGGAAGAUAUUAUUGAAACAUUUGAGGAACCAGCACGACAGGUUCGUGAUGUUGAGAGUAUUGAAGACACCUUGCCUGAUGGUACAAAAGUGAAAAAGCAGAUCAUUUCUAGUCGCAUGGUGCAUCGUAUCCAUACUCACCACCAGUCUGUUGAUGAAGGAGGUGAAAAAACGGAAGAAGAUUAUGAAAUCGAUGAAAUCAUUCCUGGCACAGAAUCCUGCUUCAUAGACAAUGAUGAGUCCUCAUCAUCAUCGUCUGGCUCCUACACUGAUGAAGAUGAUGAACUGGGAGGUGAAAUUGAGGCUGAACUUGGGGAGGUGGAAGAAGUCCUUGCCGAUGGCUCUAUUAUUCGUAAACGUGUGAUCGAGAGUCACGAAACCAUUAGAGUGAAAUCUCCAUCAGGUGAUAUUGACAAAGCUCAAGUCUCUAAGACUAUAACUGAGGAGAAGUACAUCCCUAGUCCACGAUCAACAUCUCCAGUGACUGUCGAAGAUGAAGCAGAUUUUCAUGACAUGGCUAAGAAUGUUGUUCAAAGGACAGUCAGAUCAGCACAUUUUGAAGCAGUCCAGAGAGGGGAUGAAGUUGAAACAACUUUCGAUAAGACAGAGGAUGAAACGAAAGCACCAUCUGGGCAUUCACUUACAGAGGCAUCAGAAACAGAUGAUGGUGUAUAUGGCCCCAUUAUAUAUGGACCAAUACUUGAUGUUGGAGUUGAUCCGCGGCGUGUAGCGUCAAUAGAUGAUGAUGACUUUGCAGAGUAUGAUGUCACAGAACACAAGGAGUUGUCUCUAGGGAUUCCCGAGCGGUUCGUGCCCGUAGCUCAGAGAAGUGGUCCAAUAUAUUAUGAACCAGGCGAUGAAGACCAAGAUUCUGAGGAAGAUGAAGUUCUCGACUUCACAACACCCAAACAUCUAGGUCACUCAGAAGACCCAAACACCCAGGGAGCUGAAGGAGCUGACGAGGGAUCAGCCAAGCUCUACAUGAAGAAACAGAUUCACACUAAGACAGUGAUGAAGGAUGGACAAGAGCAAACAUUUGUUACUGAGGAGUCGCAUAUCCAACAGGACAAUGAACCCCCAGAGGAGCUCCGCGACAGCAUGAGACAAAUUAUUGAUCAGUUCAUGGAACACGGAGGUGAAAAGGAGCCUACCUCCCAAGCCCUUGAACAUGAUGUGUAAUAACACAAUUGAAAGAACAUUGAACUCUCAUCAAAGUUCCAUAAAAUCAUAUACAUAUGGCUUAAAUUUUUCGCAAAGAACAUUUAUGCCUGGUUUGCAUUUUCGCAUAAGAUUUGAGUUUCUUAAAGCUUGUGUUAUCAUUGCCUAUGAUAAUUGUAAAGAAUUGGUUUUUGAAACAGAUGGAAAAAUAAUGCAUUGAACAUUGUGUUAGUUUGAAUUGAAGCGUUUGUUCUGAAAUUUCUUGAAUAAAUAAUUUUUUUUAAGAAAAUGUAAUAUGAAGAAAUCUAAUGUUUCACAUCAAUAUUCUUAGCUCUAAUUUGAUAUUCUUUCAGUCUUUGCUCUAUAAAAUAGGCUUUAGUUGCAUGGAUUCAACUAUUGAAAUUUGUUGCUUUCAUCACAAAGAAAUGUUAUAUAAAUGUAACAUUUUUAUAUUCCAUUUAUAAAAACGGUAAAUCAAUUUCUGUAAAUUUCACUCAUCUAUUUCCUAGCAAAGACUGAGGUCAUGCUGUGGUCUGAUCCUACAGAAUGGAGAACUAGAUGAUAGAUCUGUAUAUUUUUAAUUUCAUUAACUCACCAUGCUUCAAAAGAUGUACUAUCUUAAUAAUAAUGUUGUAAAAUACUACCGUUUGCCUGAAUUUUAGCAGUACUCUUGUCAUAAUUACAGUUGGGAGCCUUGCUGUCCGUAUUAGCUCCAUUGUAAUAUUUAUCAAAGAUUUACAUAUUUUGUCCGCAAUGAAUGCAUAGCUUCAUUGAUAACUUAUCUUAACUGUACAGGUCUUCAUUUUUUUUUCAAUUUUAAUUCCUGUUUCUUGAUUACUUCAUUAAGAAUUUUUCAUAUUUUUUUUCACUUUUGUUUGUUUUAUGUAUAUUCUAGAAAUGGAAAUCAGACUGUUGUUGUGAAACUUAUCUAUACAGAUUUACCAUUACUUAAACCACCAUAAUGACAUUAAUCAAACAAACCAUGUGCUUUCAGAGGCAACAUGAGAAUCUAUUUUGUGGUUUUUUCCAAAAACCCGAGGAUUUUAUUAUGUAUUCUGGAAUGGAUACCCCAGCGUCAACUUACCCCGAUGGAUAGAACGAGAAGGUUGGGGUAGCUUUUUCCGACGAUGUUUAUCUCUGAGAAUUAGACAAACUGUUAAACUUGUGCAAUGAACUAGAACUGGCCCUCUAGUUCAAAUGCACAUAUCUAACGGUCAUAUGUAUAAUAUGAGUGAUUCUAUGAUGAAAUUUAUGGGAUUAAAGAAAUUACUGAGUAAUUAUACUUUCAAAUUAAUGAAGGUGUAUAAGCGUGUCAGGGGAGAUAACUUGACCUUGAAAGGGAGAUAACUAAUUAAAAGAAAUAAGGUCAAAAGUAGAAUGUGCAUGGGUUAUUUCGAAUGAGAAUAUAAAGAAUGAAAAGUCAAUACAGUCUAUAAAUAGUCAAUUGAAUCUUUUCUAAAGUCUUUUUCUUCGUGCGUCAUGCUCACAUUGUACUUAGAUUCAAUUUGAUAUCCUACUUACAAUAAUAUCACGUAACAAAUAUCAAUAUCAUAAACUGAUUAUUAUAAUUUUCCUAGAGAAAUUGCUGCUCUAGAAUGGUAUGAAUUAUGUAUUUAUGAAAUGCAAAGUCUGUAAUUCUUCCAAGUUGUUUAGUUUAUUUUCUGGUAAUUUUUCAUGAGAAAAUACAUCAGAUAAAACUAAAAGUGGCCCCAGGAAAAAUUCAUUGAGAGAAAUUGAAGAGUGCAUGAUUCCAGACUUUGCAUCAGUCAAAAAAUAUGGAGUAAUUUUUUAAAAUCAGGAAAAAGUGACAUUGAAAUAAUUGAAUUGAUUUUUGAUGAUUGGUGACUUACUCCCUCCUGAUAAUUGAUAUAUGUAAUAGAUACCUAUAUAUUUGUGUAUCUUUCUCCUACCCUCUGUAGGUCCAUGUUUGUACCCUUGUAUAGCUGCAUAUUUGAAAUAAAAGGCUUCAUUACACA